GUUGUAGUUCUUUUUACAGUCACUGGGUGCAGGGUUCAACCAAUGAAUUGGGACUGGGAGGAAACAUUGCUCGGCACUUUUCUCUCUACUUCGGUUUCUCUUAUUUCUGGCCGCCUUGUAUACGUGAACACCAUGGAGUCGGAGCUGUGAAAGUUUGUGUAAUUUCUCAAACAGUUCCGCAGCUAGAAAAAACAGACUGACCACUAGCUACCUCUGUUCGGGUCCUUCUUCCGCAGUUAUUGUCCCGGUGUUUGGGUGUGCAGAGAUGUCCGAGAACGGUGGCUCGGCUGUCGGCCUUCUGUCUUACGAGACGCUGGUUCAUGCUGUGGCAGGUGCAAUGGGGAGUGCGACAGCCAUGACCGUCUUCUUUCCUUUGGACACAGCCAAAAGCAGACUGCAGGUGGAUGAGAAGAGAAAGUCUAACUCUACCCCUGUCAUCCUGGCUGAGAUAGCAAAGGAAGAAGGCCUUCAGGCUCUAUACAGAGGCUGGUUACCAGUCAUCUCCAGCCUCUGCUGCUCCAACUUUGUCUACUUCUACACCUUCAAUACGCUGAAGAAGCUGGCGGCAUCUGGACCAGAAAAGUCCACACCCGGCAAAGACCUGCUCAUGGGGGUUGUAUCAGGGGUGGUGAAUGUGAUCCUGACCACUCCCAUGUGGGUUGUCAACACUCGACUGAAGCUGCAGGGAGCAAAGUUCAGGAACGAAGACCUCCAGCAGACCCAGUACAGGGGCAUCUUUGAUGCUUUCUCACAGAUCAUAGCCAAUGAGGGUGUGGGAACUCUGUGGAACGGCACUCUGCCCUCUCUCAUUCUCGUCCUCAACCCGGCUGUACAGUUCAUGCUUUAUGAGGCCAUGAAGAGAAAGGCAGGCAAGGGAGGGAAGAAGAUAUCCUCAGCAGAGAUCUUUCUCAUUGGAGCCAUUGCCAAGGCCAUUGCUACCACCGCGACAUAUCCUCUUCAGACCGUUCAGGCCAUCCUGAGGUUCGGCCAGUACAAAGGUGAUGGUAAGGGCGGGGUGUUUGGAAGCCUCUCAAACAUUUUCUCUCUACUAAUGGAUAGAAUCAAGAAGUAUGGCGUUCUUGGUUUGUACAAAGGCCUCGAGGCCAAGCUGCUACAGACAGUACUGACGGCUGCCCUCAUGUUUGUUGUGUACGAGAAGAUCACUGCUGCUACAUUCAAAGUCAUGGGCCUGAGCAAGAAACUUAAACAGUGAAAAAACACCUACUUGAAUACAGCACUGCAUUAGUACACUUGUCGAUAGGUUUGAUCUAUGCCUAUCUGUGAUUGUUGAUGCUAGGACGUGUUUCACUCGCAUUAAUGUUUUAAUAAGAGAUGGGAUUGGUGCCUUUUUUAUUUAGGGACACACUCGCCCAAAAACAUACACCCUAACCAGAGGUGGGUGUGAUACCUAUAAUUUCCUCUUUUUCUUAACCUUAACUGGUUCCAUUUGUGCAGACUGGCCUUUUGGACUGGGGUUUUCUCCACUAGUGAAUCUCUGUUGAGAUUGUUAUAAGUGAUCCCAC